AUGAAUAAAUAUAAAAAUCCUAUAAAGGUUUUAGAAUGCAGUGAAUAUAAUUAUGAACAUAUAGAUAUAUUAAAAAAUGAAUAUAUAGCAAAUAUAUUAUUAAAAGAUGGAAUAGAUUAUAUAGAAAAUGAAAAUAAUGAAAUGAUAAAAAAUGACAGAUAUGUAAAUACAUUAUUUUUUGACUAUUUGGACUUGGAUACAAACAAAACUGGAAUAAAAAUAAAUACUGAACAUCACAAUGGAAUAAAAAAUGAAAUAAUAAAGAAGAAAAAUAAAAGUAUUGUUUUCAACAAUAAAAAAAAAGAUUACAAAAAAAAUACUCAAAAUAUUAAAGGUUUUCAUAUAGUCAACCGUAAUUUAUUAUGUAAUGAUAAGAAAAAAAAAAGAAAAUAUAAAUUUUUAAAGAAUUAUAAUAAGUACGAAAAAACAAGUUGUCAUAAAAAAAUAAAUGUUAAAAAAAAAAUAGAUAAAUAUAGAAUUAAGAAAAUUAAAAAAAGUUAUAAAAUUAAGGAAUUGCUACUCAGAAGGUUGGAAGAAUCUAUUAUAUGCAAAUAUAAUUAUACACAAUUAAGUAAAAGAUCAAAAAAAUAUUUAUUUAAACUAAAAAAUAGUUAUUAUUUUUUUUGUAAUUAUUUCAGAUAUAAAAAAAAAGAAAAGUCCUUUUGUUUACCAAAUAAAAAUUACACAAAAUUAAUUAUUAAAAAAAAAAAUAUACCUAAACGUAGCUCUAAAUUCAAGAUUUUUUUUUUAAAAAAUAAAAUUUUUAAAAACAAAAAAAAAAAAUAUAUAAUUCCUAUUAGCAAAAUGAAUAAGGAUUUUUUGGGAUUAUAUUAUAAUGAAAUAAAAUUCAGUAAUUAUAAAUAUGAAAAUAAGUUAUUUAGUAAAGGAAAUGAUGAAUUAGUUAAUAAUAAUAUAAGUAAAAAGUUUGUGUAUGCAGAUAAUAUAGCGCAACCUUUUCACAAAAUAAAUUGUAUGACUUGUGUAGAAUAUGAAGAUAACAAAUUUGAAGAAAAAUUUACAAAUACUAAUGUAGAAUAUUGUAAAAAUGAAAAAAUGAAAUCACUGAAUGAUGCAAAUAAUAUUGAUAAUAAUAGAAAUGAGAUAAAUAUUAAUCCUUAUGAUGUUAAUGAAGAAUAUGAUAAUAGAAAUAAUAUACUGAAUCAAAAUGAAAUUAAUUUAUUUUUUAAUGAAAAAAAUGAUGAAGCAAAAAUGUUAAACAAUAAUUAUGAAGAUAAUAAUGAUAUUAACAACUUUAGAAGAUAUAAAAUUAAAAAAGGUAUUUCUUUUAAUAGUGAAUUAAAAAAUGGCCAAAUGAAUUCUGCAAAUAACGAAUACCCUAAUUUUAUAUUUAGAAGUGAAAUCAGUAACAGUAAUUCUAAACAAGUAAGAGAUCAUGAAGGAAAUGAAAAUAUUCCUAGUUAUGAUCUAUUAAAUAAGAACAAAAAAAGAGAAUUCCAUAAAUUUAAUAAAGAAAUUUACUUUUCAAAAAGUGUAGAAAAUGAAAGUAUUCAUAGAGCUACGAGUAGUAUUAUUAAAUCAAAAAGAGAAUUAUACGAAGAUGCUAUUGAUGUAAGGAGGGAUGUUAAGAAAAAAGAUAUAGAAAAAGAAAAAAAAUUCAGUAAAAAAAAGAAUAAAAAGUUAAGAAGAAAUAUAAAUGAUACAAAAAAUUCAGAUACGGAAAAUUUAUAUAUGAAAUGUAUAUGUACCCCUGAAAAAAAGUUUGAUGAUUUUGAAAAUAAUAAAAAAAAAAUAGAUAAAUCAAAUUAUUCUAAAAGGGAAGAAAGCAUCAAAAGCUCUAAUUGUAUAUAUAAUAAAUAUCAAGAACAAUUUCAAAAAAUUGUUACUCCUAAAAUUGACUGCGGAAAUAAAAAUGUAUAUGGAUUUGGGGAAACUUUAAAAUUCAUGAAGUAUAGAGAAUUAUUAAGAAAAUAUAUGGGAACUUUUUAUAAUUACAGUUCUUUUAAAUGUGCAAGUUACAUUAUACUUUAUGCAUUAAUAUUAAAAAUUACUGCACAAAUUUCUAAAAAUUUAACAGCAUCAAGUACUACAAGUGAAUCAAUUGAUACAAAUGUUAAAAAUACAAAUAUAUUUUUAAAUAUCUAUGACUCAGAGGGAAUUAUACAAUCUAUUUGUUAUAUAAUAUUAUUAAUAUGCAUAAUACUAUUAAUAAAAUUAGGUAUUCCUUCCAAUUACUUACUUGCUGGUAGAUUAACCAUUUUAUUUAUGCUUUUAUUUGUUAUUCAAAUACCUAUAAUGGUUUAUGCAAAUUUCUUGUAUUUAAAAAAUGAGGGAUUACAAAAUAAAAAUAAUAGUAAGAUUUAUGAGAAGAAAGAUUAUUUCAACUUGCAGUUACAAAAAAUAUUUGAUGCAUUUUAUUUAGAUACUUUUAAUUUGUUAAUAUAUACUAUUUUAAUUAAAUUAGUAUCUAUAUAUGCUGCUUAUCAUAAACUAAUAUACCCACAUUUAUUAAAAUUUUAUUUAGAUAGAUUUUUUUUGAAUUCCUAUUCAAUUGUUAAAAAAGAAAUGAUUCAUUUUAGAGUUCCUAAUAAUAUUGAUGCAUAUUAUUUAAACAAAAUGAAUAGCUACUUAUUUAAUUCAUUGUAUAAGAAGCAAGAUCAGCUAUCAAAAGAAGACUUAGAAAGUAGUACAAGAAGUGCAAUAGGAUAUAAUAUUGUUAUCAAAAAAGAAAGAUAUUCUCCUUUUAUGAAAUUUUUUAAGAAAAGAGUAUCUAAUUCUCCUUUCAAAUUAAGAAAUAGAAGAAAUUUAAAUUUUUGUAUUAUUUUCUAUAUAGGAGAAUUAGAUAAUAAAGGAAGACCUCAUGGUUUUGGAUACUGGAGAGGUAUAAAUUCAGAAGGAGAAGUUUUGAUUGGUUAUUGGUUUCAUGGAAUACCAGUUGGACCUUUUAAAUGUCGAGAUUUUAAAACAGGUUCAGGUUUUAUGUGUAUAAAAAUAGGAUAUGGAAAAACAAACUGUGAAUUGAAUGAUUUAGAAAUAGGUUUAGCUGAUACGGAAUGUUGUGUAAGUGGAGCAUUUUAUAGAACAUUUCCAAGGGUAGUAUUUUAUAAUUUAAAUUUGACAAAUGUUAAUAGAAAAAAUAAGAAAAAUGAAAAUAAGCAUGGAUUAAUAGAGAAAAGAGAAUGUUGUGAAUAUUUAAUUAUAAAUAAAGCUAGUAAUGAUAUUUUAAGAUUUGAUUAUUCAAAUCUUCUUCAAGAUAGUGAUGAUGAUCAAAUUAAUUUAGAUAAAAAUGUUGCAAAUAAUAAUAAUGAAGAGAAUAAAAUAGAUGUUUUAAAUAAUAAUUCAAAAAUAUAUAAUGAUGAACUACCCAAGACAUUAAUUAAUGACGAAACAUAUUUAAAAGGAGAAAUUCUAAAUUAUAAUGAUAUAUAUAGGUUGAGUUAUGACAUUGAGGAUUUUACAUUAGAAAAUGAAAUACAAAAUGCAUUAAAUAAAAAUGUGGAAAAAAGAGAUGAAGAACAAAAAUUUAACAUUAAUAAAAAUAAAACAAAAGAUUUGUCAAGCGGAAUAUGUAUUAAAGAAAAAGUGCAUAUUAUUGAAAAUAGUAAGGAAGAUGUAAAAGAUAACGAAAAAUAUAAAGAAAAAAUAAAAAGAAAAGAAAAAGAUAAAGAAAAAAAUAAAGAAAAAUAUAUAAAAAAAAUAAAAAGAAAAGAGAAAGAUAACGAAACAAUUAAUGAAAAAAAUAAAGGAAAAGAUAAAGAAAAAAAUAAAACAAACAAAAUUAGAUCAAACUCGGAAGAACAUCCUAGUCUAAUUAUAGGAAAUAAUGAUAAUGUAACAAAUGAAAAUGUUAUUGAAAAAAAUAAAAAUAAGAUAAAUUCAUAUAAAAUUCCAUCAAAUAAAAAAUAUAAUUACGAAUAUAAAAUGAAUGAUGACCAUUGUAUAGAAAAAAAAAGUGAAGGCAGAAAAAAAGAAAAAAAAUAUGAAUUUUUCAAUAAAGAAAAAAAAUUUAAUAUAAAUACAGAAAUUGUAUUAAGUAAAAAGAGUUUUCAAACUAUUGGAAAGCAUAAGCAGGAAUUAAAAAAAGAGAAUGAUAUAUCAGAUAAGAAUGAAGAAAUAUGUCUAGAAUCUUUAAAAAAGGAAAAGAAAGGAGCAAAAGAAAGAUAUAAGAUGAUAGCAAACCAUUUUCACUUGAAAGAUAAAAAAAAAAAAAUAAAUAAAGAAGACAAAAAUAAAGAUUUAAUUGAAGGACUAAGUGAUAAUAUUAGCGUAAAUGAAAACAGGGAAUAUAAAAAAGAUACAAAUGAAAAAGAAAAAAAUAAAAAAAAAAAGAAAAACAAUAAAAACAGCAAUUUUCCUAGAGGUGAAAAGGCAUAUAGAAUUUUAAGAAAUAUUAGGGAAAAAAAAAAAAAAAAAAAAGAUAAAAAAAGAAAAAUAAAGAAAAAAAUAGGUUAUAGUAUGACAAACACGUUAUUAGAUUUAAAGAAUUAUAACAGUUUAAGAAUAAAAAAAAAAAACAAAAAAAAAAAUGGAAAUAGAAAAACUUUUCUUCCUAAGGCAUUUUCUGGUACAUUACCUAAAUUAAAAAUUAAAAAGAAACGUAGAGGAUUAUUAUUCUCAGAUACAAUAACAAAUGUAUAUAAAACAAAAUGUAUGAAUAUUAUUUUACAAAAUUUAUGUCCACAUAUGCCUAAUUUUGGUAUUAUUUACAAUACUGAUCUUCAUAUUUCUAUUGAUGCAGAAAGGGGAUUAUAUAUAACGGGUUAUAUAAAUAAAAAAAAUUCCAAUUUAUUAUGCAGUAGAAGUGGAAAUGAUUUUGAAGAUAAUGAAGUAAAAAUAAAAAUUAUAAAAAAGAGCAAAAAUAGUUUAAAUAAUAAAAAGGGAAAUGAAAAACGUCUAUAUUCUUGGAUAGAUGAUAUAAAAGAAUUGAGUCUUGAUGGAUGGGUAAAGUGUGAAUUAGCUGGUUGUUUAGAAGCAGUUAUUUUUAUACAUGGUUAUAACACUAACCAUUUAGAAGCUUUACAAGUAUUGGGACAAAUGGCAUCUUUUGGGAACUUUCCUAAUUAUAUUAAACUAUUUCUGUUUAAUUGGCCAUCAGGAAAAAACUUUUUAGAAUUUUUUAUUGCAAAAGAUAAUUCAAAAAAUAAAAAAGUUCAUCAUGCUUUUAAAUCUUUUCUAGAUACUCUAAGAAACAAUGGAAUUAGACAAAUACAUAUAAUAACACAUAGUAUGGGAACAAGAAUGUUUUUAUUAGCCUUUCAUGAUAUAGUAAAUAGUGAAUUGUUUUCAACUAUUGAUGAAAAAGAAAAUUCCUCAAAAAAUGUAACAAAAAUGAAAUUAAUAACUCUAACUAUGAUGAAUCCUGAAUAUUAUUUAAGUGAUUUUGUUAAUAAAGAAUAUGUAUUCCUUAGAUCAUUUUGCACUGUUAUUUCUAUAUAUUGUGAUUCUAAUGAUAAAGCAUUAAAAUGGGCAGAAAUAUUUAGUGGUACAAAAUCAUUAGGAAAAAAUAUAUUUGACUUAAACAUAUGCAAAGAUGAUUAUAAUUCAAAGAAUUUAAAUGCUUAUGAAAAUUUUGCUUUUGAUAGCAAUAAAUUAGAAUAUUAUUCAAUACCAGUAGAAAAUAGAACUGAUGAAACAGAAGAAAUUAGUUUGGAUUCCAAAUUAUUUUCUUCUUUUUUUGAUAGCAGUAAAUUUCAAGGAAAAAAUGAUAAUGAGAAAAUGAAAAAUAAAGAAUUUAUGACAAAAGUAGUACAAAGAUUGAGAAAAAUUGUUAAUUUUUUUUACAAAAAGAAAAAGAAUAAUAAUAAGUUAGCUAAGGAUGAUCACAGUUCUAUGUAUAAUGAUAACAGUUUUUUAAAUAAAGAAAAUACAAAAAAUGUGAUGCAUCAGCCACCUAUGUUUAGAAAUACAUUGUUAGUUUUUACAGGAAUAGAACCUACUUAUUGCUAUCGAGAUAAUAGAGAUUGGUUAGAUGUUGAUGUUAUUGAUACAACAUGGUUAGGAUCAAAUGUUCAUACAUUAAGGCAUUCAUAUUGGUCUUUAAAUAGGGAAAUUAUUGAAGAUAUUAGAGAAUUAAUUGUAACUAGAAAAAGAGCAAGGCAAAGAACUUCACGAUUAGACAGAAGAGAAGGAAAUGUAUGGGUAUAUAGAGUAGCGCCAUCUUACUUAAAGUCUAUAUUUGAUUCCGAUUUAUAA